AAUUCUGCAGUCGAGACCACAACUUUUGUGUACGUUUCAAAUGUAUUACUACUGAUACUCUGGGUUUGUCUGAGUGGAUGUAUCUCGUCAAGAUUAAGCCUGAGGCCUGUAACAUCAACAGUGAGGACAAACCCAGGCCUCCUCUCUCCUUCCACACUGACUCCAAACCUACAGUCACUGGGUCCUGAUUGUGACAGUGGAGCCCAGUUUGCACUGCAGGAUCCAGAGAUGGCAUCAGUGAAGCUGGAAGACUGCAGUCAAACACUGGAGCUGAAUGUCAACAUUAAAGAUGAAGAAGAGGAGGAGAAGAUUGGGAAACCUGUUUCUCAUGGAGACCAUGUUGAGACAUUCUCUACAUCCAGAGAGCAUCAGCAGGAAGAUCACAGAGCAAAGAUGUCUCACCACUGCACACAUUGUGAGGAGAUUUUCCCAUUUCUAUCAAAGCUAAAAAUACACCUAAAAACACACACAGGAGAGAAGCCUUACUCCUGCUCUGAAUGUGGGGCGAGUUUCUCUCAUCGGUACACCUUAAAGCGGCAUGAACGUAUACACACAAAAGAGAAGCCUUACUCCUGCUCUGACUGUGGAGCAAGUUUCUCUCAACUGGGCAACUUAAAAGACCAUGAACGUAUACACACAGGAGAGAAGCCUUACUCCUGCUCUGACUGUGGGGCAAUUUUCUCUCGACUGUGCACCUUAAAAAACCAUGAACGUAUACACACAGGAGAGAAGCCUUACUCCUGCUCUGACUGUGGGGCAAGUUUCUCUCGACUGGGCACCUUAAAAAACCAUGAACGUAUACACACAGGAGAGAAGCCUUACUCCUGCUCUUACUGUGGAAAGAGUUUCUCUCAACAGGGCCACCUAAAAAUACAUGAGAGUUUACACACAGGAGAAAAACUUUACUCUUGCUCUGACUGUGUAAAAUGCUUCAAAACGCCAACUGCGCUAAAAGUUCAUCAUGGAACACACAGAGCAGAGAAGCCUUUCUCCUGCUCUGACUGUGGAGCAAGUUUCUCUCAACUGGGCAACUUAAAAGACCAUGAACGUAUACACACAGGAGAGAAGCCUUACUCCUGCUCUGACUGUGGGGCAAUUUUCUCUCGACUGGGCACCUUAAAACAACAUGAACAUAUACACACAGGAAAGAAGCCUUACUGCUGCUCUUACUGUGGAAAGAGUUUCUCUCGACUGGGCACUUUACAAAAACAUGAACGUAUACACACGGGAGAGAAGCCUUACUCCUGCUCUUACUGUGGAAAGAGUUUCUCUCGACCAUGCACCUUACAAAAACAUGAACGUAUACACACAGGAGAGAAGCCUUUCUCCUGCUCUGGCUGUGGAAAGAAUUUCUCUCACCUGGGCACCUUAAAACAACAUGAACGCAUACACACAGGAGAGAAGCCUUCUGCCCUGACUGUGGAAAGAAUUUCUCUCACCUGGGCACCUUAAAACAACAUGAACGUAUACACAAAGGAGAGAAGCCUUACUCCUGCUCUGACUUUGAAAAGAGUUUCUCUCAGGAGUAAGAGAAGCCUGACUCCUUUUCUGACUGUGGGGCAAGUUUCUCUCGUCCGGACAAAGGAGAGAAGCCUUAUUUCCGCUCUCAAUGUGGCAAGAGUUUUUCCCAAUUGGGAAAUGUAAAAACACACCAACGGAUACACACUUCAGAGAAGCCUUAUCACUGCACUGACUGUGGGAAGAGGUUCUACAGAUUGGGUCAUUUAAAAAGACACAAAUGUAUACAUAAAGGACAGGCCUCAUCAGUUCUCUCAGACCAGCUAAGAUUAGACACUCCACUUAAUUCUCAUGUCAUUAAAUAAUUGGCAACGUUGAAUUUGAUCAAAUUCAAAUGAAGAAAGUGUAGAACACUAUUGUAAUCCUAUAGUUUCUCACUGUGAGAGAACAAUGCAGAGGAAAGGGAGCAUUAUAGAAUGUUAGUCUCUCUUUACUGAUCAGUGUGCACCUUGUCAGUUUUGGUGUGAGAGAGAAUAAAGUAGACGGCGCACGUCAAACAUUUUAUUUAUGACCCUAUGUCCGGAUGACGUGUGCAUUCCCAUAUUUGGGCAUCCGGUAAGGACAUCCUGGCGGGAAGUGAUCACGUGGUUAUGCCCAUAUAUGUUCAUCCUGUUCUCACGCCUUGGAGUGAGUGCGACAA